AUGCGCGACCAGCUCCAGAGCGCGACGCGCAUCGUCAUCAAGGCGGGGACGUCGACGGUGUCCAACGACGAUGGGACGCCGUCGCUCGUGCGCCUCGGCGGCAUCGUCGAGGCCAUCGCGCGGCUCAUGCGCGACAACAAGCAGGUGAUCCUCGUGUCGUCGGGCGCCGUCGGCUGCGGGCGCAGCAAGCUCCGCAAGCAGGCGGCGAUGCACCGGUCGCUGCGCGACCACAUGAACGACCUCGGCGACGAGAAGCCGACGCACUACAACAGCGCCUGCGCCGCCGCGGGCCAGCUCGCGCUCAUGUCGCUCUACGACACCAUGUUCUCGACCUGCGACAUCGAGCCGUCGCAGUUCCUCGUCACGCAGCGCGACUUCAACGACGAGGGCUGCCGCGCGAACUUGAAGUCGUCGCUGAGCUCCAUCGUCGGCGUGGGCAUGCUGCCCAUCGUCAACGAGAACGACGCCGUGUCCGGCAACAGCGGCUACGCGAACGUGCCCGCGGGCUGCUUCUCCGACAACGACGGCCUCGCGGCUUUAGUGGCGCAGCUCUUCGGCGCGGAGCUCCUCAUCCUCCUCACGGACGUCGACGGCCUCUACGACCGGCCGCCGAGCGCGCAUGGCGCGAAGAUCAUCCGCGAGGUCCACCCGGCGUCGCUGUCCGCCGUCGAGUUCGGGCCCGUGUCCAAGGGCGGCCGCGGCGGCAUGGAGGCCAAGGUCGGCGCGGCGCUCCGGGCGCUCGAGAUGGGCGUCAAGGGCGUCGUCAUGGCGUCGGGCACGACGCAGAACGUCGUCGGGCGCCUCAUGGGCGGCGAGGAUUUGGGGACCUACUUCUCGACGUCCAUCUCCCGGAAGGCGUCCUUCGACGCGGACCCCUCCGAGGAGGCCGCGGCCGCGCGCGCGGCCGCGCGGUGCCUCCAGGGCCUCUCCGGCGCGGAGCGCACGGCGAUCCUCGAGGGCGUGGCGCUCGCGCUGACGGCGCGCGCGCCGGAGAUCCUCGCGGCCAACGAGGCCGACGUCGCGGCGAGCUCGAACGUCGCGCCGCACCUGAAGCAGCGCCUCGGCCUCGGCGCCGCGAAGCUCGCGACGACGGCCGCGGGCGUCGCGGCGCUCGCGGCCAUGGGCGACCCGCUGGGCAAGGUCUACGUGCGCCGCGAGCUGGCGCCGGGUCUGGUGCUCGAGAAGCGGUCCGCCGCUCUUGGGGUGGUGCUGGUGAUCUUCGAGGCGCGGCCGGAGGCGCUGCCGCAGAUCUCCGCGCUCGCGCUCCGGGCCGGGUGCGCGUUGAUCCUCAAGGGCGGGUCGGAGGCCAAGGAGUCGAACGCGGCGCUCUACCGCGUGAUCCGCGACGCGGUCGUCGCCGCGGCGCCGGCUCGCGCGAAACGCGCGCUCGCGGCCGCGGUGACGCUCCUCCCGGGCCGCGACGCCGUCGCGAGGCUCCUCAAGGCCACGGACGAGUCGCCGGCGCCCCUCGUGGACCUGGUCGUGCCCCGGGGCUCCAACGACCUCGUGAAGCACGUGCAAAAGUCGACGAAGGUGCCCGUGCUCGGCCACGCGGACGGCGUCUGCCACGUCUACGUCGACGCGUCCGCGGACGCGGCGACGGCCGUCAAGGUCGUCGUCGACGCCAAGACGGACUACCCGGCGGCCUGCAACGCCUGCGAGACCGUGCUCUUCCACGAGGCCUGCGUCGGUAGCGGCCUCGCCAAGGCCGUGCUCGACGCGCUCGUCGCCAAGGGCGUCGCGCUCUUCGGCGGGCCCGGGGCCGUCGCGCGGGGCCUCGUCUUCACCGAGGCCGACAAGCCGGAGAAGUGGGAGUACGGCUGCCUCGCCCUGCGCGUCGACGUCGUACCGGACGUCGCCGCGGCCGUCGCCCACGUCAACGCGCACUCGUCGGGCCACACGGAGUGCGUCGUCGCCGAGGACGCGGCCGUCGCCGACGCGUUCCUGGGCCUCGUCGACUCGGCGGACGUCUUCCACAACGCGUCCACGCGCUUCGCCGACGGCUUCCGCUUCGGCCUCGGCGCGGAGUUGGGCAUCGCGACGGGCCGCAUCCACGCGCGCGGGCCCGUGGGCGUCGACGGCUUCCUCACCUACAAGUGGCUCCUGCGGUCCGCGUCGGCGGGCGGCGACGCGGCGUCCGAGUUCGGCAGCGGCGCGAAGACGUACACGCACAAGGACCUCGCGCUCGCGGACUAGGGCGCGCGUGGGCGGCAUCUAAAAAAGGUGA